AAAGUGGACCACCACCUCUUGCCUUUCUUUUUCAGCGUGGCUCUUUUGUGCAGUAUUGACCGUGCAAAUCUGUCAUAUGCAGCUUUGCAGCUCAAUCACGACCUAAAGUUCUCCCAUACUGUGUAUGGCCUCGGAUCAGGGCUGUUCUUUCUAGGAUACAUGGUAUUCCAGGUGCCUUCCACAUAUGUCUGUGCAAGGGUUGGAGCGCCCAAGUUUCUGGGCACAAUCGUUGUUGUGUGGGGGCUCGUUGCUACGCUGUUUGCAUGGAUGCAGACCAGUGCCCAGUUCUACACCCUCCGACUCAUCCUGGGCUUGGCAGAGAGUGGAGCCUAUCCUGGGAUGUGGUACUCGCUGGCGCUGUUCUAUGACGACAAGGAGUUGGGGGUGGCAUACACAACGGUGUCAACCGCCACUGCAGUUGCGGGGGUCCUGGGGGGACCCAUAGCAGCCGCCCUGCUCUCCCUGAACGGCUUG